AUGGGUGUGAGCGUGCAGAGUCCAAACUUUAUGCAAGAUAGACGAGGAGGUGCUGACGAUUUUGACGCACAGUCUAUCGGAACACUGUCUUCAUGUCCGGAAGACUUAGAGGAAAGAUUGGAGCCGCUCGCAUGGGUGACGUAUGCGUGCGAGAAUGCUACAUGGUUUAUGGCCUUUUCUUUGAUCGACAGCCUGAGCGCGAGACGGGCAGGGCCGUUGAGCUCAGACCAAGCCGCUGCAUGGUUCUUGCACGUGUAUGCAGCUCGCGCGCAGCCAAAUUGUCUACAUGAAGCGUUCGCUGCGUUGCCAUGGCAAGUCCGCGUGGCCGUGCUAGAGUCUCCAGUGCUGACAAGCAUGUGUCCUCUGCCACGCCGGGCCACGCUGCAUAUGCAAGGCCUCCUGGCGCGCGCAAGGUGUGAACAGCUCCCGAAGAUUAUGUGUUGCGCUUCAACCUUCUCCAAUCUGUACGGCUUUGUGUGGCCAAGAGCUUCUUUGAAGGAGUGUCUCCUUCGGCUGGGCAAAGAUGUGUGUGUGCAGUACCAUUGUGUGCAAACUCCGGCAGCUUGCAAUGCUCACUUCCACGCCUGCGGCUUUGUGCUGGCGACGUGGCCUUGUACGAAAGCAUAUCUGGCGGGCGAGUACGUUCUCAGCUGCAGAGGGGUGCAUUCCUCAGUCCGUGUGUCGGAGUCUACAGCAGAAUGGUAUUGCGGGCAUUUUUGGACGACGCUGCCCACGGCUGUCUGGAUGCAAAUGGCGGCUCUGGAGGAAGUUGCUCUUUGCCGUGUCGUUCGCUCGCAAAUGUCGCCGGACCGGUGCGGUGGUUCAUCUCACGCAGGCGGCGCUGACGGAACGGUGCCUGGCCUGCCAGCCAGUGGCUUCACAGUCAAGAAGUGGUGGGCAGACCUUAUUCUUUCUGGGCGUAAAACUUGGGAGAUCCGAGGUGAGGCAACCAAGAAAAGGUGUCGGGUCGCAGUCCUGGAGAAAGGUGAGACAUCAGGCACGGCCACAAUACGUGGCGAUGUGGACAUCGUCGACUGCGUCCUUGUGGGUCACUGGGACGGGCAGCAGUGGCAGGCACCAACGCGCCAGGAAGACUAUCUAUGGUCGGAUGAGAACAAAUGCAAGCAUUGCAUUCAGGACAUGGAGACUGUAAAGUACCGAAAUGCAUAUGCCUGGGUUCUGCAGACGGCCAAGAAGUACGAAAAGCCGGUCGAUUUUCAACGACCGCGUGGCCCCGUGACGUGGGUGAGACUUGACAACUUGAAGCCGGGCGAAGGCACGAGCGGGACUCCUGGUGGCCGCAGCCAUCGCAAGAUGACAGGAGGGAAAGGGUUCGUUGGUGUACUUCAGUCCUCCAUCCCACUUCCAGAAGAAGCUCGCAAGUGGUUGGGUCAAAAAUGCCACGCAGUCGAAACACUGGGGGACGGCGCGUGCGGGUUGCACGCAAUCUUCGGCGAGGAAGGCGUGACCGGGGCGUUGACGUGCAAGAACGCCCGCGAGUUGGCCCUGCAAGCCUUGGAAGCAGCGUUUGGUUCUGCGGACCCGGAGGCUGCACGCCUCAGAAGUACACUGUGGCGGGAAAUGGCGUGCCGCGGCAUGCAGGAAAGCGAUCUGCACCCAGAGGCCAAGCUAUUUUGGCGCGCUUUCGCAGACAAGUUUCCGGAUGCCGCAGUUAUGGCAAAGCAGGCAGCAGCUGAGGAAGCUGAUCUGUCGGUGCAGGCAACGUCGUGUCGUGAAGCUCUGAGUCGAGCCUGCAAACUUUUUUUUCUGCAAGCGUCUUCCAGUGUGUUCGAGAAGUUCUGCCGUGCCAUAGCGUACUGGACAACGGAGGGCCAAGAACCUUGUUUUCAGAUGCAAGCUGGGCAGUGCAUCGUCAAUGGCACCCAAAUGCAGCUGCCAGAAGGCGGCCCUCAGACGAAGCUGGAAGCCAUCCGACAUGAGGCGGAAGUUUUCGAUGCGUUGCGAGUCGCCGCAGUGUUAUUCGCAGAUGCGAGCCGGGUUGUCACGGUGUUGCAAGAGCUGUCAGGGGAAGCCGAACAUGCAGAAAACGUGGCUCGUGUUCUGCAAGAUUACCGACGUGUGGCCGAAAGAACCUCCAUGGAGCCCAUCGACUUCCAGCAACGUGCAGUUGCAGCUUAUCUAGCUGCGAUCCAGCAGAACACGUACUACUUCAGCAUCGAAGAACUGAAGAUCAUUUCCCGCCAGCUCGAAGCCAACAUCUUAAUCGCCAAGGAAGGUUCCUCGCAAGCUUUGACAGUGGAAGCCAUCGUUCAUUGCCAUCGUGAGCAAGAUUUCAAGACAAUCGUUUUGAGGCAGGCGGAAGGGCCAGGCCCAGUUCGCAGCCAUUUUGAACGCUUGCAGAUGUUGGAACCGGAGAGUGACAGCGAGUCAGACGCAGAGCAUGAACGGAAAGCUGGCGGAGAGAGUAGCAGAACAACUCCGACAAGCGGCUCGGACCGCUUUGAAGCAGAUGUGGAGAGAAUUCUGCAGGUUUUCGAGCGCGGGCAAGAUGCUGUGGCUGAACUAGCAGCUCUGCCGCACUACAGCCCGGAAGUGGAUGAGACGUCCUUUGAACAUCUGCGCGCGCGGCUUGUACAUUUGGUCCGAGCGUUUGAGAUGGAUCGGCUCACCUCAGAAGAUACCGUGCAAGUCCAGUACCCUUUGUGGCGUACAGGCUUCUACCCGCUGGCAGUGCUCUUCGAGUGCUGGAGUCGCAGCACAGGCAUCCCUGCGGUGUUCUACACCGACGCGUUUGCCAGCCUAGCUGGCAGCGUGCUGCACAAGGAAAUCGGCGCUGACAUCGCUGGCUUCACCACGCGUAGCAGGUACUGGUGUUGUGGUACUGCGCAGCCUGGAGGUGGAAAAACGCCUGCGCUUGAACCGAUGCUGCGCAUGCUGCGCGCUUGCAUGAACAAGUUACCUCACUUCGCGCCUGGCAGCCCAGCAGAUGCGUUCCACAUGGUGGAGCCGAUGACGCACGCGGCGGCCAUCGCGAAGUUUCGCGACACAGAUGGGUACGGGCUCAUCGCUGCUGGUGAAGGCGGGCCCAUGUUGUGUCCUGCGUGGCCUAGCAAUGGCACGUGGACGCAAAACACGCACAUCAACCUCCAGCGCUUGCUGAACGCCGCUCAAGGCGGAGGCGUGACGUGGGAAACCGUCUUCGAUCGAAAAGAUCGCAAAGCGGCGAGCGUGGAAGCCAUUGGAGGUGCGGACAAGGCCGGCCAAUGCGAGUGUACCAAUGUGACGCUCGCACUUUUCCAACAGCUGUCUGUUUUUCGCAACUGGUGGGCGCAAGGCGAGCUCAAAUCCAGCAUCGGCCUCGCGCAGCGCUUCGUCUUUUCCUUCGGGGCAGUUCGGCAACCUGGCAAGCCGCAAUGGCAGCAGUUCGAAGACACUGUCGUUCGGCCAAUUCUCGAAGGCAUUUUCAGCGUGUUGCUUCAACAUCUGGGCCCCAAGACCGCCUUGCACGAAGCAUCUGCGCAGAGAACAUGGCGCUUGAUGGGAAACCUCCGAGACGAGGUGCAUCAGUACCGUCUCGCUGCUUUCGACUGCAACAAGUCUACGCACUUUGGUGAGGUCUUCGCAAGCGGCUUGAACAAAAGUGUGUACUGGGUAGCCACGGCGACCUUAUGCUGCAUUCUACAGGAGGCUUGGCCAUCCGUGGUACGCGCUCGGCAGGAGCUCGUGAGGUGGACUGGCGCAAUAUCAGUGUCUUCUUUGAAGCAGGCCAUGAUUUUUUUUCAGGAACGGUACCUUUUCGGCCUGGCGACCUUGGACGUGGAAACGCGACGGCUGCAGAAUAAGAAAUCGCCUAGCUUUCCAGAAAGUCAGAAUCAGGCGGGCGCGUAG